AUGGCCGGCUAUAGGAACACGCGCAAUUUGGGCCAACUUUGGCUGUGUGGGACGCGUCGUGGGCCCAGGGCAGCCACCCUCGGUCUUCGCUAUGGCCCUCCUUGCCUGCUUGCCACCGCUGCCACCGGCUACUUGAUAUCUCCGUACUCUCCAUACCCGCUGUUACGUCCCAUUCAACUCGAUGCGCCGUCUCUCAAGCGAUACAUAUUUGGUGGUGGUGGUGAUGCCAAGACUGAGACGACGUCCGCCGGGGAUGCCGAAAGGCAGAUUAACAAAGAAGGUGAAGGCAAGUCAGGAGAGCAGGACGCACCACCCCAGACUCGCGUUGUGAGGGGCUACGGUAGCGAGGAUGAGGGCGACAAUCGAACCGGAGAGAGCCAGUCCGCCUGGCAGACCAUCACGGACAAAUUCCCAAAGUCGCCCUCUCCCUCCAAGAUUGGCGAUACCAUCAUUGACUACAUUGUGCCCAAUUGGGUCAAGGUCAUGCCUGGCUUCAUCCGUAAGCUGCAGAAUGAACUCUCAAUGGCCCCAGGCUCCUUGGCCGAAGAGAUAUGGCGCGAGGCCAAUGAUCCCGAGAUCAACCCAGAGAUUGUCUGGGAUGCUUCUGUCAGGGUUUCCAACGAGCUGUGCCAGGAAGAAAAGUCUUUCUUGGAGAAGCGUGCACACUUCACCAAGGCUGCACUUGCCCGCUACCUUGAUAUCCCGGAAGCCACAAUCCACCCCGACGACGUUCCCGUCAUUGCAAUGUGCGGCUCUGGAGGAGGACUACGCGCUCUUGUUGCCGGCACAUCUUCAUACUUAUCCACCAAGGAAGCAGGCCUCUUCGAUUGUGUCACUUAUACGGCAGGAGUCAGUGGCAGCUGCUGGCUGCAGACACUCUACUACUCAGAGCUCAGUCAACGUAGCCAUGCUCGUAUGAUUCGUCAUCUCAAGAAUAGGCUUGGCGUACACAUUGCUUUUCCUCCUGAUGCGCUUGAACUGCUCGUCAGUGCCCCAACGAGCAAGUAUCUACUAAGCGGCCUCGUAGAAAAGGCAAAGGGUAUCCCAGACGCCGACUUUGGUCUUGUAGACAUCUAUGGCGCUCUGCUUGCUGCACGCUUGCUCGUUCCCAAAGGCGAGCUGUCUGUUAGCGAGUACGACUUCAAGAUAUCAAAUCAGCGACGAUUCACCGACAAUGGCUCACAACCACUCCCAAUCUACACUGCCGUACGACACGAGAUUCCUCUCGCCGAACAGUCAGACGACAAGAAUGCUAUCGAGGCAGAAGCGCAGGCGAGAAAGGAGGCCUGGUUUCAGUGGUUUGAGUUUACCCCAUAUGAGAUGUGGUGCGAGGAGCUAUCGGCCGGUAUACCAACAUGGGCCAUGGGUCGCCGUUUCCAGAAUGGCCGAACUGUCUGGCGAGACAACGGCCUAGCAUUGCCCGAAGUGCGCGUCCCACUGCUUAUGGGUAUUUGGGGAUCCGCUUUCUGCGCAACACUAUCACAUUAUUACCGUGAAAUUCGUCCUCUUAUGCGCAGCUUGACAGGUCUGGGCAGUAGCAUAGAUGCCAUGAUUGCGGAGCGGGAUGAUGACCUUGUUAAAGUACAUCCCAUCGAUCCUGCUGCAAUGCCUAAUUAUGCUCUCGGUAUGCGCGAGUUUCUUCCUCCGACCUGUCCCGAAAGCAUCUUUCAACAAAAGAAUUUCCAAUUCAUGGAUGCUGGCAUGUCUAAUAACCUGCCUAUCUAUCCCCUGCUCCGACCAGGACGCAACGUGGAUAUACUUGUUGCCUUUGACGCUUCUGCCGAUGUGAGAACCGACAACUGGCUCAAAGUUGCCGAUGGAUAUGCUCGGCAGCGCGGGAUCAAGGGAUGGCCAGUUGGUGCAGGCUGGCCGCCCGCUGACGAAUCCAUGGAAGAAAUUCAACAAGACCUCGAUCGUGCCGAAGCCAAAAGUGAACAAGAAGCCCAAGAAAAACUCAAUCAGGCCCAAGAAAAGGACGGUCCCACCAAGAAGAAGAUUGAGGACUUGGGCUACUGCAACAUCUGGGUCGGAACCACUGAAGAGCGUACUUCUGACUCUGCAUCGCCAGAAAGCAAGCAGGUCGAAGAAGACUGGGAGCUCAUGCACCCAAAUUCUGGAAUCACCGUCAUCUACUUUCCCUUCCUCGCCAACCCGAAAGCGCCUGGUGCAGAUCCCAAGGUCAGCGACUUUAUGUCAACAUGGAACUUUGUGUACACCCCUGAGCAAAUCGACAGCGUUGUUGAUCUUGCGCGGGCAAACUACAACGAGGGUGCUGAGCGCACCAAGCGCACUGUAAGGGCUGUGUACGAGCGCAAGAAGAGACAGAGGGAAGAGCGGGAAAAGGAAGAGAGGGAGAGGCGGUGGCGGUGGAAGUUGAGUCAGGGCAGGAUUGCGGGGAGAAGGAUUGGCGGUGAUAGUGAACAUGGGGAUCAGUUUAGCUGA